UGGAACGUACAUUUGUGUGCCAUUUUGCUCUCGCGAUAUUACCCGUACGUCCUACGUGAUUACACGUCAGACGAGCUGUGUUGGAGAAUCAUGGCGGAGCGCAGGAGGCAUAAGAAACGGAUCCAGGAGGUGAGUGAGCCCACCAAGGAGGAGAAGGCGGUGGCCAAGUACCUCCGCUUCAACUGCCCCACCAAGUCCACCAACAUGAUGGGCCACCGGGUGGACUACUUCAUCGCCUCCAAGGCGGUGGACUGUCUGCUGGACUCCAAGUGGGCCAAGGCCAAGAAGGGAGAGGAGGCCGUUUUCACCACCAGAGACUCUGUGGUGGACUACUGCAACAAGCUGCUGAAGAAGCAAUUCUUCCACCGCGCUCUGAAAGUCAUGAAGAAGAAGCCAGAGAAGGACAUCAAGAAAGACAAGGAGAAAGAAAAAGAUAAGAAGAAGGAUUCCAAGGAUGCCGAGGCUUCAGAUGUAAAGAAGGAGAAAGAGAAGAAGAAGGAUUCCAAGGAUGCCGAGGCUUCAGAUGUAAAGAAGGAGAAGAGUGAUGAUAGCCCCGGAACGCCAAAGAAGAAAAAAGACGUGAAGAAGAAAUUCAAACUGGAGCCUCAUGAGGAUCAGCUCUUCUUGGAUGGCAAUGAGGUAUUUGUUUGGAUCUACGACCCAGUCCAUUUUAAAACCUUUGCCAUGGGACUGAUUCUGGUAAUUGCAGUGAUUGCGGCCACUCUCUUCCCGCUGUGGCCGGCUGAGAUGCGUGUGGGUGUGUACUACCUGAGCGUGGCAGCAGGCUGUUUCGUGGCCAGUAUACUGCUGUUGGCUGUUGCUCGCUGCAUCCUGUUCAUGAUCAUCUGGCUGGUGACGGGCGGACGCCACCACUUCUGGUUCCUGCCCAACCUCACGGCUGACGUGGGCUUCAUCGACUCUUUCCGCCCGCUCUACACGCACGAGUACAAGGGCCCGCGGGACUCCAGCAAGAAGAGCCAGGGCAAGACCAGCGAUGAGAAGGAGGGUGACGGUGAGGAGGAGGAGGAAGAGGAGGAGGAAGGUGAAGGAGGCGAGGGCUCAGUUCCACAGGGGACGGAAGAAGGCGAGGUGGCGAAGGGGACGGGGACGUCAGCGAGUACCGCUGAGCGCUCUGACACAGACAGCGACCGGCGUGAGGACGAGGGCUCGCAGCACAGCAAUGGAAAUGACUUUGAGAUGAUCACCCGCGAGGAGCUGGAGCAGCACACGGAAGAGGAGGAAGAGGAGGAAGAAGGAGAGGGGGAUGAAGGAGAGCAGGAAGGAGAUGGUGAGAGAAAGCCCUUGCCUGUUCAAACAUAAACAUUUUAUCACUGCCACCUCCUUCUCCUCCAACCUCGUGCUCCUCCAAGGACAACCUCCCACCUCCUCCAGGUCAACCUCGCUGAGGAGACACCUUCAUCUUGCCUGCUCCGAUCUUCCACCAACUAUACAGAUGCCACGUCUGAGUAUCGACACCGGUGUCAAAUGUCUAUAACGUUGGAAAAGAGAAGCCUUUAUUGUGGUUCUAAAAUCCCCAGCUUAUUUAACUGAGAAAUGCAAACUAACUUAACAGAUGUUUGUCUGAGGAAGUUGUCACGUUAGUUCUCCCGACGUUUUCCCUAUUUUUCGGUACUUACGUUAUGACUGUUAUCCCAUAUCAUUCUAGUUAACUCAUCCACUCUGUGUUGUUUACUAUUGCUACAAUGCUUCCCUUGUAUGUCUCGUUUCUGCUGUGAGGCAAAGUCUCUUGACAAUUUCCACAGAUGAGGGAAUUAAAGAGCUAAGGAAUCGUUGUUUUUACUAGGGGAAGUACUGCCAUCUUGUCUACCUACCCCUCAAAUCCAGACUGUUGUCUUAUGAACAACUUCCGAUUUGUACAAUCAUGGUUAGGCUAAGCCCAGUGUUGUGUCCAGUAGCUGCAAAACAUGGUAACAAAAUUCAAAUGGGAACCAAAAUAUACACAUUUUCCCAUUUCCCUACUGAACACGGCCUUGUCCUUUGGUCUAUUGUCACCCAACUGGGCCAAGGUCAUGUACUAGCAGUGGCAUCUGGCCCUCUGUACACAGUUCAGCUCUUUGUUUUUUUAUGAAUGUGAUCUCUCCUAGGCAGCCAUCGGACGUUACGAUUGACCAACCGUUGGCUACGCCACUAUAACUAAUGUGGAUGGACCAAAAUCCAUAGUUUACCCCACCCCAAGAAAGACCUCACUUAUUGGGGGUAUUGCCGAAAUAUGUCUGGUGAGAGAACAAAAGAAGAAGAAAAAAAAUGGCGUCGGCAGAUGAACAGCAUUAACAAUAAACAGCCUUGUGGUUCUUUGCGGUACUUAUUAUUUUCAAUGAGAAAUGUUUGUUUGGGUGAUCGGUUCUGUCCAUACACACACACACACACACACACACAUAUAAAACCAGAGUUCAUUAGAGUCAUGUCCAUUACAAGCAGUCGGACAACAAAAAUAAAACAGGUCAUUUGAGAUACUGCUUUCUAGAAGAAAUGUAUUCUGAGGCCACGCACAUGCAGACCGCAAAGAUGGAAUGGAAAACCUGUUUUUACAGUUUUGUAUUCACCAUUUAGAAUCGGACAUCAAAAUUAAAGUGCCAAACACGUUAAUUGUUGUUACAAUGCAUGCUGUUUUCAUACUGGAAGACAUGUCAAAGGUGUCAGCAAGGGAUUUUGGUACAUUUAUUCAUUUUUGUAACGAUUGUGUCAAAUUCCAAACCUUUUACACCUUAGAAACGCAGCGCAGUAUAGGAGCUAAGACGUGUGUAGACAUCAAUCCCCUUCUCCCUUCAGUUCUAUCUAAGCCAUGCAAAGCAGGCAAUAUGUCCUUAAGCUUACUAUACUCAUUCUACGAUCGCUUGUAAUAGUAUUGUCAGUUCAACUCGGAUGCCUGUAUUUUCAUGAUGGCUUUUGUUGUGUUGCCUUCAUUGGUAUUCUAGUCAUGCUAACGGACAACAAUGGAGACCCAUGUGAAUGCAUGGGGACUCCGUUAGAAACCAAUGUGGUCCAGGUCCAAUUCUCUGUAGUGUUGCAUUAUGGGGGCUGUGGUCCAAUACCGUCUGUUCGUAAGGUUGCAUUCUUUUUGGCUGGAGUUGUUUUAGAUGCUAGUGAGGACGAUAUUUAAAAAUAAUAAUAAUAAUAAAGAUGUCAUUUAUAUAAGGAAUUCUAUAUCAAAUAUAUUUUGAAUUGAUCAAUUAUGAGCCCACUUUGUUCAACUUGAACAGAAUCCUUUUUUUGGGUAUCAAAACUUUUUAUUUUCAGUGUAAUGUUUAUUUUGCUCAGUUAUACUUUUUUUUUUACUAUCAUUUUGACCACCAAUAGGCAUAUUGUCAAGAGUGUAUUGUACUCUCAUUAUUGGGGACUCUCACCAGAAAUGUAGAAUAUUUAAUGUUUGGAUAUAUGAUCAGAUGGACUACCUAUUUUUGAUCUAGUUGAUAUUGAUCGAUUUUUGUCAUUUAUUUUGUGUAGAGGAAUGUAUAUAGAAAAACUAGCUAUGUGGCUACUUACAGCAAGUCCCACAAACAUGUUUGUUUCUUGCCAUAAGAAUAGUGAAUGAUUAACUUGUGGUUGAGAAACCCGUUGGCAGUGGAUUGCAUAAUAUUUUGUAUUGCUGUUCCACACAAAAUGUUCUGGGAAGAAAGUUCACCCCGCUGUGGAAUGGUAGAGUGGAGCUUGUGAGAGCAAAGGGGGGGAAAAGUCACUUGGUUCGGAUAUCCCACACACUACACAGAUGGACUCAAUGUCUAGACUGAGGAGUAUCUUCCAGACACUCAUACCCUUUUCCCACAAUCUUGUCGACCCGAACGGUAGUCCUGGCCGGUUCCUGGAGCUAUGCUGGAUGCGUAAACAGGCGGGCGCAGUGCAGCUCUGUGAACGGGUCAGAACGGGUCAGUAGUGUGAAAAGGGUACAAGCACUGUCUUGCUUUCCCGUUCUCAGAGCUUGUUGACCUCGGUAGAUCUCCAGCUUGUUUCUUCAUUGUCGUGUUUCCCUGAACUUUAUUCAACUGCGCGUGGCUCUUGUACAAUACAAGUGUACUACUUACAACUGCACACUGUAGUUGGUCUCUUUUAGUAUUUUUUUUUUGUUCAUUUUCAAUUAUUUUCUGUUUCCUGAUGUCUUCUGGAGAGCCAGAGUGCGUUCGUAAAUUCAAUCUGGAGUGCCAGAGUGCCCUCUGGGCAUUUGUAAAUUGAGCAUUGUCCGUUGGUAAAUUCAGAGCGUUCAGAUUGUCUGUUGGUAAAGUGUUUUGCUCUCGGAGCGUUCAGAGAGCACACUGGACACUCUGACCGAGGAGUCGGGUUGAGCCGAGUGUUCUGACCUCAACAGCAGUCAAGCACCCAAGCUAACGUUGGCUAGCUUGCUAGCUACUUCCAGAUACAAACCCCACUGAGAAUUUCUCGCCCUAGCAGAGCUGAUUUAGGCUGUUUUCAUGUUAUUCAGAGCGUUGGUGACUAACUGUGCUGCUGGCAACAUUUUUAUUACACUUUUUGCCGAUGUUUACUGACACUGGCCAUAUUCAACAGGUGUUGAAUGUUCGUAAAUUCGUCAGUUAUUCUGCGCUCUGGCACACUCAGACGAGAGUGCUCUGAAAUCGGAGUAGAUAGCCAGAGUGAAUUUACGAACGCGCCCCAAGUUGCCAGUAGCUGUAUUAUUAUGAACUAUUUCAUGAAAAUCUCAUUGUUCUUGAGUCUUCUUCUUGCACAGUACCAGUCUGUUGUAUAUUGUAGUAUUAAUCUAUACUGCUUUAUUCCAUUACAUUUCUUUGAAGAAAAAAAAACGUCAUCUUUUAUCUGUUGAAAAUGUUGUUAGUCACUUAGUUGUUCAUAUUCGGAUCAAUAUCAUUGAGGACUGUCUCUUGCAAUAUUUCAAUAUAAUGUCAUUAAUUGAAUGUCUGGAAGUAUAUCUGUAUCUUAUUGCAAUAAAACUAUAGAAAGCA